AUGCAACUAUUACGCGUUGCCUCGACUAUGUCUUACCAAGGAUCACCAUAUUCGGGCCCGGGGGACGAAUACGACUUUGAAGAUGAUGGAUAUGACGAUAUAGAUGAAUACAGGGAUCCAGAAGAUUCAUUACAUCAACCACCAGUGGAUGAUAGCGAUGAAGACACAGAAGAGGCCAGUGAAACGGAUAUACCCCACAAUGAUGAACCACUGGAGAUUAAAGAACAGAUGUACCAAGACAAACUGGCCAACCUGAAAAAGCAGCUACAGCAGCUAGAAGAUAACAUACACCCAGAGUUUGUCAGAAGGGUCAAACGAUUGGAGCACCAACUACAGGAACGGUUACGUCUUAAUAGGAUAUAUAAAGAUCACAUGUAUGAUGUUGUGGAGCGGGAAUAUGUAGCAGAGAAGAAAGCAGCGGCAAAAGAGUUUGAAGAAAAGAAGAUCGAGUUAAGAGAAAACUUGUUAAAUGACUUUGAGGAAAAACGAAAACUCAUUGAAAGUGAGAGGCAUAGCAUGGAACUCAACGGAGACUCAGUAGAAGUCAAACCACCGAUGAAGAGGAUAUUGAGGAGACGAGCCAACGAGCCUGCCCCUGCACCAGAGAAGCGCAGAAAACCUCUCACCACCACACUGACCUUCCAGUUGGAUGAGAGGGACAUUGAUGCGGACCUUCGAGCCAUAUCCAGAAGCUCACCGCCACCCAGACAUCACAAUCCAUCACAUAAUUCCACACAACCAAGGAAACAUUUAAAUUCCAAUAGUUGCGAGUCGCCGGUGCGCGAGGCGGGCGCGGGCGCGGGCGACGCGGACACGCGCGUGGAGGACGGCAAGCUGCUGUACGAGCGGCGCUGGUUCCACCGCGGGCAGAGCGUGUACGUGGAGGGCCGCGACAUGCAGCGCUUCCCCGCGUACAUACACGCCGUCACUGAGGAGGCGAUAUGGGUGAGAAAGACGAACUCGGAAAAAGUGAGGAUAUACGUGUCGCAGCUCGCGCGCGGUAAAGUGACGAUAAAACGGCGGGCGCUG